AUGGCUAUUCAAUUGUGCGAAGAGGAGGAUCACAAGAUCAUUGAAGAUUUACGAGGCAGUUUAUUCGGUCCAUUAGAAUUUUCCAGAAGAGAUUUAAUGGCACUUAAUAUACAGAGAGGACGCGAUCAUGGGGUACCUGAUUACAAUAGCGCACGUCGUGCGUAUGGUCUGAAUGAAGUUAAACAUGUAUCCCACUUUAAUCGAGUGGAUCAAGAGGUAUAUUGUGCAAAGUAUAUUGUGCAAAUGCUUUUUCUUCGCAUAUUUGAAUUACAUUUGUCAAUUGUAUCAUCUUGUAUUUCGUGUAAGAUUCGGGAGGAAUUUCUUAGAUUAUAUAACAACUCGUUCGAUGACGUGGAUAUCUGGGUAGGUGGAAUACUAGAGACUCAAGAUGGGCCCGGAGAGUUGUUUCAAAAGAUUAUCACUGAUCAAUUUCAGCGAAUACGCGAUGGUGAUAGGUUUUGGUAUAAUAAUACCAAAAAUGGACUUUUCACUGAUAAAGAAAUUGAAAGAUUGGAACAAUUAAGCUUUUAUGAUAUGUUAAUGUGCACUACUAAAAUGGAUUGGAAUGAUAUCCCAAGAAAUUCUUUUAGAGUUCCUACUACAGAGAAUGACAUACACCAGAGUUGUAUCAUAAAUAAAAUAGUGAAAAAAGGCAAAUGUAUGACUUCUUGUUUUCAUGCUGAUCAAAUAAACGAAUAUACAAUUGAGAAUUGCACAGAGCCUGGCACUUAUGAUUUUUUCCAAAUAGCAGUGUGUCCUUCAUCU